GAUAUUUACUCAUGGCUGUGGUGUGGGUGUGGCCCUCUUUUUAUCUUUAUCAGAAUUUUAAAUACCUUUGAGAAAAAACUAAUAAAAAAGGAAGCUUUGUUUGUACUUUCAGUUGUACGUAUCAGUAGUAUAAUGGCUAUCCUCAACUGCCACUCCAUUGCCAAACCUCAAAUUCUGGCUUCUUCUGCUCAACCUAAUGAAUCUUCUUCACCUUCUCUUUCUCCUCAUCCCAAUCUCAAGCCACCUAUUCGGCUUCAAAAAGCAAAUAGCAGAAAACUUCAAGAAAAGGUCUACCAAAAACAGGGGCCGCAGCAGCCUUCUGUUUUGGAAAUUGAACGAGCAAUUGGUGCUGGCAUUUUUCGGGACAGGGACACCAACAGUGAAGCAGAAGAGAAGGAGAGUAUGUUUGAUAAUAUGCUGAGGAAAUCUGUGGGGAAAAGUGAAGGGUCGGUGGAGAAGAAGCUAAGGGAGACUGGGGAAUGGCUCAUUGAACGAACGGAACGGACUUCUCGUUCUGCUGGAAAGCAAAUCCUGAUGGGUAUGUUUGUAUGGAUGAUACCAGUGUGGAUAUUUGCAUUUACUGUAGCUUCUGGGAUGGUACAGCUGCCCUUUGACAUACCAUUUCUGGAGGAUCUCAUUUCAUGAAGAAUAGUGUAUAUUGCCUUGCAUCAAGAUGCUGCUGCUUUUGUCUCAAUCUUGGUUCUGUUAGCACUAAAUGCUCGUCUCCUCCUCCUCCUCCUCCUCCUCCUGCCUCAUACUAUACAGAACAAGUGGUGUUCUAAAUGUGUUUUGACUUUUGAUUCUGCACCAUGAAUGAGAAUGUGUUGAAAUAUGUAAAGCCAUCCAAAACAGAAUUCUUCCAGAAGUUCAAUUCAUUGAAUUCAAAGUCAAAUAAAACUAUUAAAUGCCAA